AUCAGUUAUGUUCAACUUUAUAUAUGCAGGUAAAUAGAUUGGUGAAUGAAAUUGAAGACCUAGAUAACAUCAAGGCUGAAUUAGUUGAUGAUAAGCAGGAAGAACAGGAAGGAAGCUUUAGUAUAGGCGAGAAGGCAGUUACUAGACGUAAGAGCAAACCAACAGGGGAAGGUUGUGUGGAGUCUACAGGUAGAAAGCGGAGGAAAGAAACCAUGGUAGCAGCAUGUGCAAUAUGUUGGAGACAUUAGAUAGGAAAUGUAAGGAGGAAGAUAUUGUUGAAGGAAUGGAAAAGUGUAGCAAGAUCAAGAAUAAGGUUUUACCGAAGAUAUACAAAGAAGAUUUAAAGAAGUAUGAAAGAUCAAAUGACAAUAUGUUGCGGUCAAUUGCAGUAUAUUAUAGCAAGGGUAUUAUGGGUAAAGAUAAGUAUAGGAGAGUUUAUAAGGCUAAUUCAUACAAGCAGGUAGUAGGUAGUAAGCGGGCUGCGCGUAUUAAGGUUGCCAACUGUCCCACCCCUCGCCUUGUUCCCUAUGACAGGUUAAUGCGGUAUAUAAAAUCCAUUGAUAUUGGUGAGUUGUUUAGUGUUCGUGAAAAUUUGUGCAAUGGUAUGGAUGAAUGUGAGAAAGUCAACGGAUGUUACAGGGAUAUUGAAGAUCUUCUUGUAAGACUAGCUAAUUUUUAUUUGAACAAUGGUGAGUAUCAAAUUGUUAACUUCGGUGAGCCGAAUACAUUUCAUAUUGCUCUGGGUGGAGAUGGUGCACCUUUUGGAAGAGAUGAUUCAGCAUGUUCAUGGUUGGUAAGUUUUCUUAACAUUGGACAAGGCGUAUUGAGUAGCAACGAAAAUUUUCUUCUUUUUAGAGCUAACUGUUCAGAAAACUGUGUACCGGUAAAACGUUUCUUGGGUAAACUUAUGAUUGAUAUUAAACGAAUUGAAAGCAAGUCUUACUCUGUUCUAGCUAAAGAAGAAAGCGUUGAAGUCAAAUGUAAAUCAGGAGUCCUUGUCGGUAAACGGAAAAGGAACCUUCGGGCGAAAUAAAAACGAUACCUGGAAACCGUGGAAAUACUCGGAAAGGAUCAAACAGGCGAAAAAAGUUUCUGACUUCAAAAAACAACUUCAAAGGAAGAAUGUCAAAGCCGCAACCAAACGAACAAAUGUGACGACUUUCAUUGCUAAGCAGAAAAGCCGCCAAAAAUUUGUUCCUUUGGUGGCUGAGCUAAUAGACAGAGCUCAUGUCGAACCGCUUCAUUUAAAAAAUAA